UCUUUUGGCGCUUCUCAUAUCGAUUGAAGAUAGCUAUUGGUAUAGAAAAUUGGACACCAGAUUCUUCAUAUUCCUAUUUCAAUUCUACGUCUAUCGAAAGUUCAAGAUCUCUCUCACUCACCCCUACAACUGAUUAUUUUACCUGUGUUCUUUUUGUGUGGCGCCUGCUGAGACAAAAGUAGUUCUUAUUGGCACCGCCCAUUGAAUGUCAGACGUUGGUUUGUCGUCUAAGACGUCUUCAUCUCGGUCACCUCAACCGACGAAGAACACACUGAACAAUGACAGCUACUGUCGGACCAUUUGAUUUAAGUGAAUCUGUUGAAUUUGAUUCUACUAUUCAUCCACAUCCAUCACAAUGCACAAUUGUAUCGAUGCAGGAAAAACAAGAGGAAGAGGAAAAGAAAUGGAAAAAGAAGAAAAAGAACGUGGACCCCAAUGCAAACUGGUUCAAACGAACACAUGACACACUUAAAGGAGAUAUCUCAUCUAUAUUGUUACUCUUAUUCUUAUAUCUUCUUCAAGGAGUUCCGCUCGGAUUAAUCGGAGCUAUUCCAUUGUUAUUAUCCGGAAAACAUGUAUCAUAUGGAUCACAAGCUAUUUUUUCAUUUGCAUAUUGGCCUUUUAGUUUGAAACUAUUAUGGGCUCCAAUUGUCGAUUCAGUAUUCUCAAAACGUCUUGGAAGAAGGAAAUCAUGGAUGGUUCCAUGUCAAUAUCUUAUUGGAGCAUUCAUGCUUUACCUUUCCUAUAAAGUUAAUGAUAUUAUGGGAGAUAAUGGAGGAUCACCAAAUGUCGUGUUUCUGAUGCUCAUCUUUUUACCACUCAACUUCCUUGCAGCUACACAAGAUAUUGCUGUGGAUGGAUGGGCAUUAACUAUGCUUUCAAGGAAAAAUGUUGGAUAUGCCUCCACUUGUAAUGCAGUAGGCCAGACUGCAGGAUAUUUCCUUGGAAACAUUGUUUUUUUGGCUCUCGAAUCUCCUACAUUUUGCAAUGAUUUCCUGAGAUCAAAAGAGAAUUACAAAGAUACUGGAAUCAUCGACCUAGCAGGGUAUGUCUUCUUCUGGGGAUGGGUAUUCAUUGUUACCACAACAUUGGUACUCGUUCUGAAGCGUGAAGUUGACAAGUCAGUGCCAUCGAAUCAAAACAAUGGAGAAGUUGUUCCAGCUGGAGAAGAGGAUGAAGAAUUGGAACUUGGAGUUGCUGAAUCGUAUGCCGUAUUGUACAAGAUUCUCAAACUGAAAUCAAUUCAUUAUAUGGUCGCAAUUCUUCUUACUGGUAAACUAGCGUUUGCCGCUUCUGAUGGAAUGACCAGUUUGAAAUUGAUCGAAAUGGGAAUUCCAAAGGAUCGGCUAGCAGGUAUUGGAGUUUUCCUGACACCAAUGCAAAUCAUGUUACCAUGGAUGAUUGGAAAAUGGACCGCUGGGCCUCGUCCAUUGAACGUAUUCCUAUUGGCUUUCCCAUACAGAAUUUUCAUUGGAGGAGUCUUUGCUGCACUUGUUUGGUGGACUCCACAUUUUAGUCUUCCCGAUGGAAAGUUUGAAUACUCGGUUUAUAUUGUUUGGAUUACCGGAUACAUUUUCCAUCAGCUUGCCACAUACUCGAUGUUCGUCUCAAUGAUGGCAUUCAUUGCUCAAAUUUCUGAUCCUCGAAUUGGUGGAACUUACAUGACCAUGUUGAACACUCUUAACAAUUUGGGAGGAAAUUGGCCGGUUACUGUAGUUUUAGCAGUGACAGAUUGGUUUACCUACAAAGAUUGUGUUGUCAAGGGAACGAAAGAAAUUUUGUACGCUUGUAAUACGAAAGUGUUAGCUGAUCAAUGCUCGUCUGGUGGUGAUGUAUGUGAAGUGGCAGUUGAUGGAUAUUUCAUUUCGGUUGCAAUUUGUUCCGUUAUAGGAGUUAUUUGGUACAAAGUGUUCUACAACAAGAUCAAGUACCUGCAGAAGAUUCCACGAAGCCAAUGGAGAGUCUUCCCAUCAAGAUCUGCCGAAUAAAAGAUCCCUAUGAAACGAAAAUUCUUACUUAAAAAUAAUUUAAUCCUUUAUUUUUUUGCAUGCACAACAAACAAAUAGUAGAAUAAUAAUAAUGUUUCCGGGCGUUUUUUUAGCGUUUAAUGUAUUUUUAUCUCCUGUCAUUUUUUUGUAUAACUAUGAUUCUCAGUUUUAGUGAAUCGCAUGGCUUGGUCUGACUCCUCUCUCUCUCCUCCACAGCUUUCCCCUGGUCCUCACAGUUUUUCUUUUGGCAUUCAUAAUUUUUAAAAGAUCCUGUGUUCUCUCUUCCUCUCCCCUCUUUCUCUGUGAUAAUAAUUAUGCCAAGGUUUGUGAUGAUUGAAAUGACUUCAAUUUGAUUGAAUUCUUAUUAUUUAUUCUUCUUUCUGUCCUUUUCUUUCUAUAUAUAGUACAUAAUAAAUGGUUAUAUAAUG